UGGAUAGACACUUUUGUAGUGGCCACUUACCGGCGGCCGGCGGGCAUUGGGCACUAUGCAGUCAGUUUGCUAACGCGCGUCGAACGAGGCGUAUGUAUCUGAGCGGUACUGAGAGAACUAUACGAAAAAGUGGUGGAUCAACUUUUUAUUGUGCCUUGCUGUGAGCUAGUGUUGACGUGAUUUUGUGUUAACCCGGAUAUUAAGGACACAGAUAAUGGCUACUGAAGAGUGUUGAAAACGUAAGAAAAUUUAAAACAUUCCAGGAAUAAUGACUACGGUUACGAAUCUCCGAACUUGAUAAUGUAUCACUAACAGACCGACCACAAUGUAUUGAUCAUGGAAUCACCAGUUAGAAUAUGUUUAGGUGCAGUGUUAGUAGUAAAUUUACUACUUUUAAGCAGCACACAAGUGAGUGGUCACACGCUACCGCACGAAACAACACCCACGCUGAAAGAUGAGAGAAGCUCGAGACGUAUUAAUUCGACGUGGAUAUCCCGAAGUAAACCUAAAUUGCCCGAUGUAGCUCUUAACGAAUUACACCAUAAAGACACUUCCUCAGAGGAAAAUACAGAGAAAAAUGCUAAAUACAAAGAUCGAGGAAGGGUUAGGUUUAAUAUACACAAAUCAACCACCGAAAGUUCCUUAAGACGCGUCAGAUCUUCAACGGAAGCAUCGAAAGUUAUUAUAGUUACUCCGACGCCAGAAGUAAAGAAACCUCUUGAGAUUAUUGACAGUAUGCGCAAUUAUAAGAAAACAAAGGUAUCUAGUACUACGGAAGCUAUGAAAACAAAAUCAGAGAGCAAAGAAGAAUUGGAAGAAGACGAUGAAGAUGCUGGAUCGUUUGAAAAGUAUACUUCUAGUAAAUUUAGUGAUAACAGUUUUUUUACUUUGCCUAGCUUUAACGACGAUGAAUUUAGUGAUAAAAAUGAAGAUGAGAAAGACAAACACCAAAAUCGAGAUUUUAGUAAGUCUCCAUUCGGUGAUUUUUCAAAUUUCUUCUCAAAGCAAUCCUACACUGCAGACGAUGAGUCUUAUAAAUCUGACAGCUUCUUUGACUUUGAUAGUGAGUUAACUACGCCUAAAAAUGAUUUCUUUGACAAAAAGUAUCAAGAAAUAUCAUCGAGUAUAAUAAAGAAUUUAGACACAAUAAAAGCGAAAGCAACGCCAGCAAAUGGAACAAACAUGCAAAAAAUUGUUAAGGAAAAUAUAGGAUUCGAAAAGUUAAGCAACGGAACGCCUCAUAAUAAAUCUACAGUUGUCAUCAAAAAUACCAAAGAAAUCCGCCUUAUGGACAACGAUAAAGCUGGCACGGAUAAUAAUGCACUAUCUGACGUUCAUGGAACAAGCAUAUAUUAUGAAAUGUCUGUUUUAUCAACAGAAACGUAUAAUAUUACUCAUUCAAAUGACGAUGAAUGUGAUGACGAUGAAAGCAGUGUUCCAGAAACAACUCAAAGCACGCCUAUAAAAGAUGAAUUAGUUUCAAUUAUACCAACUCAAAAACCAAUUGUAGAAAUCCCAACGGACAUAUCUAAACCCGUAAAUGACAAUGAAAUAGGAUCCACAAUUUCUUCUUACUUCUUUCCUGUGAGCAUAGCACCUACGAUUAGUUCAGCUAACCCAAUUCCAAGUUCUUACCAGAACACAAUAUUUUCUAGUGAACGACCAAUAAUUAUAUCAACAACUAGCAAUCCACCUAGGAAUCGAAAUUAUUCUAAACGCCUUAACCUAACUGGUACAAAGGAAUUAGGUAAUAAUGUCGUUUCCCAGAGUGACCAAAUGUCACCAAACCUUGUAUAUAGACCAAACACUCGUAGGUUCUUCCACACUACACCAAAAUCCAGACCAGUGUGGAUGGCUCCAGGCCGAAAUGUCACGCGAGCUUUACCUACACGCGUACCUUCCACAAUAUACUCCGAACAUUUUGACAUAAAAAAUAGAUAUUCCACUCAAGAUCCUGGACCCUCGAGAAUUUUAACAACAUUGCCAUCAGAUAUCGAUCCAUUAUUGCAAAGUGAUAUAGGUGGUUCCAAAAGAGUUGUGCAUUCUCAUUCUUUCGUGGACAACAAGAUUCCUUCAUUAUGGAAACGCGGGUCUACCAAAUUUUUCCCAUCUGUUUCUUCAACAACAACAACAACUACGUCUACAACGACUGCUGCACCUCUCACGACUUUGUCAGAAGAACAAAUAACGACUGAAGCGAGACGUGAAGUUAAUGAUUUUGAAAUACCUCCCACCUUGGCCGCCUGGGCACUUGCAGGGUUACGAAGUCCACCAACAAGAUCUGCAAUCAAUGGAACAGGUUCGUCAAAGAACGUAGAUGAGAAUGAACUUCAAAAAGUUGGAGAUAUUAUAGAAAAGCGGGAGACUACUACAAGUUCGACUUCUACUACACCGAGUUCAAUCUUAAAUAGAGAUAUAAUUUUAAAGAACAUUACUGAUAUUAAUCAAAAUAGACUACCCUGGAAGCCUGUUUUCUCGUCUUCAUUGAGUGCAGAAGGUGAAAUUAAAGAUAAAACAGAAUCCAUAUCAGAAAGGAUACCUGCUGAAAGUAACAUAUCUUUACAAAAUAGCGAAGAACCUGCAACUACAGAGGUAAUCAUUUCGAGUCAAGAAACAACAUCGAAGACAGAGAUUGCUGAAUCACAGUCUUCCUGGGUUGCAUCGACAGUCAAUCUUGAACAAUCCUCAAGUGAUGAAUCUGAAGUAACCUCCCAAGAUACAAUUCCACCAGUUGAUCCUACUAAAGCAACUGGCUUUGAGUCAAUUACGAAAUUACCUUCAGAUAUCACAACUCCUUCAGAUGACAUACUUGAUAACUCUGAUGAAAAGAACGAAAUAAUUAAAGCCACUACAAAAACGCCAAUAACUGAUUAUGAAAUCACAACAAUUAGAUUUUCUUAUGUACCCACGGAACCAACCACAGAAGUUACAGAAACAGAGGUUCCGACAACUGAUUGGCAUUAUGCUGGCCCUAUGCGCACAAAACCUACGACUAUACAAGAUGCUCCAAUCACUACUUAUAGGCCGAAAUAUUAUACAACAACAAAUGCGAUUGAAGAAAGUACUACUAUGCAAGACACUACGCCCCAGAUUGAAGUAUCUUCUCAAAACAUUGAAAAAACUACUAGUAAUGAACCUACAACAACAGAAAAUGAGUUAGUUACAACAGAUAAAAUUAUAGAGACCACUACAACCGAAUCACCCGCGAUUGAUACAACAACUGAAAUUGCAACCUCUGAAGCAACAAAAACUACCACUCCCGAAACUACAACAGAAAUUGAAACGACAACGAUAGUUGUGACUGUUGCAACGGAAAUAAAUACUGAAAUAGCCACAGCUAUAAAUGAAACGCCCACUACUAUAACUCAGACAGAACCUAGUUCCGAAGAAAAUAUCGAUCAUAAUGAAGUUAUAACUCAAGAAUCAAAGCCAACGACCACAGAAGCUACAACAAUUGUAACUACAACUGACAAGGAGUUAGAGAGAGAAACAACGGCAUUCACAACAACUGAAACUAUAACAACAGAAACUAUAACAACAACACAACAAAAUGGUCAUCUAAUACACACAGACACAACAGAAGACGAAGAAACUGUUGAAACUACAACAGAGGCUGCUACAAACCAUGAGGAUAUUAACGAAACUACUACAUAUGGCGGAGAGAUAACAACUGAGGCGUCUUCAAGGGUUGUGGAAGAAACAGUGACAGGAUCUGGGGCAGGAAUUGCGAUCGCUGUGAGCACGAUUGGUGUAAUAGCGCUUAUUCUGCUCAUUGGACUGUUGCUAGUGGUGCGGCGUCGCGGUCGGCGCGGUGUGUACGCGCAGCGCUGCACGCCGGUCUCCCUCGACGCCUACAGUCUGGACAGCGUCAGCGUUGGCCACCGCAAGGGCAAUCAGCGGCUUCGGGCCAGCAAGCGGAGCUAUGGCAACCCGGCGUAUGAUGAUGAGGUCACCUCACACCCAAUGAACUAUGCAGCGUUAGCAAACUUUGCUCUUGACAUUGACUCCAUAACUGCCGAAUUCUCCGAGAUCCCCACAGUAACAGUCCGCCCAGAAGAGGUACCACCAGGUUGUGAAGAUAAGAACCGGUACUCCAAUGUCCUGCCUCUCCCGGAGACGAGGGUACCGUUAAGAAGGAUUGGGGGUGAUCCUACUACUGAAUACAUCAACGCUAAUUAUAUCACUGGUCCAGGAAACAUCAGGAACUACUAUAUCGCGUGCCAAGCGCCUCUUUCCAACACUGUGGUGGACUUCUGGCGUAUGGUGUGGGAACAGAACUCUCGGCUCAUUGUUAUGCUUACAGAGUACUUGGAGAAUGGAAUUGAGAAAUGUUACGAAUACCUCCCACCAUCUGAAAUAUCGGACAACAGACGUACCUUCGGGGAGUUCCAAAUCAUAUUAAAGAAACGAGAACAGAGGGACAAAUACGCCAUUUCCAGCGUCCAGUUAAUCAACUUGUCCACAAGGACCUGGAGAGAAGUCACGCAUCUAUGGUACUUCUGGCCAGCCAAGGGCGUGCCUGAAGAUUACGAAUCGGUGAUCGAUUUCCUCUCAGAAAUGAGGAGCUAUAUGAAGAUAUCGCAGACAGCCAAAGAGUAUGAUGAGGAAGGCUUAGAAGUAAUUUACGAGGAUCAAAAUCGUUCGUCCUACAACAAUUUGUCCAAAUUAAGAAGUGAUGACGCAUCAGGUAAUGGAGUCAACGUGUACUCUCCAGCUAAAGCAGAAGAAUUGUUGCGACGAGGGUACUCCACCAAUGGUACUUUGGGCAAAAUGAAGGUCGCUUCGGAGGUAGAAGCAGGCGUCCGUCCGUGCGUGGUGGUAUGCGCGUCUGGCGCGGGGCGCUCGGCCGCGCUGAUCGCGGGCGACAUCUGCUCGCGCGCGCUCGCGGCGGGCGCGGCGGACUUGCCGCGCACCGUGCGCGCGCUGCGCACGCAGCGCCCACACUCUAUAUCCAAUAGACAUCACUAUAUCUUCCUUUAUAGGCUUCUCAGUGAAUACGGUAAUCGGCUGAUGGGCGGCGGAGUGGAUACAAUAUAAACAUAGACUGAUUUGAAAGAAUUCUAGAUGACAGCUUGGGCGUUGAUGAGAUUAUAGAUUAAGACAUAAAUCACUUUUUUUUCCUGAAACUAAUGAAAUAACGUACUGGCCUACAUUCGCGCCAAAACAACGUUAAAAAACUUAGCGAUGCCGAAUUUCUUGUAAAAAUAUUUCGAGUAUAAAAAAAGCGCUUAUGUUUUUGUUUACUGGUUAAACCAAGCAACAAUGAAGAUAAAAAGUUAUUUCAUAGCUACAGUUUCUAUAAAUUGAUUUCAUUUAAGAACUGUCUUAUAAUUUGUCAUGUUGCUUACCAUAAUGACGUCAUCGUCUGCAUAUUUUAUACUGUGCGAGAAAGAUAACGCUAUCUUUAUUAUAUGUUGCGUCUCUCUUACAGUUUAAUUCGUAGAACCGCUACUGAAGUUGAUUUUGUGUACAGCAACAAGAACUUUAUUACAAUAGCGGUACGACGAGUAUCGUUUGAAUAGGUAAAGGGGUGAACUACAUAAUAAAUCUCUAACUAAAUUUAUGUCUUUAUUUGUAUAUCAGUAUAAAACUAAACGCACAAUUGGAACGUACCAAAGUUUGUAAAUAAGAUCUCUAAACAUUUCAUUAAAAUUAUAUUAUUAUGUUUAUUGGGUUCGAAAUAUUUCGUGAGUUUCUCUUAAUAUUGAAGUUAUUUGGUGAAAGUCACACACAAGAGAUGGGUGUAAGAAGAUGCUAUACUUUCUCAAUAAUAUAUCUUCAUAACGAUUUAAUUCGUUAAAAUAGAUUAUUAAGGAUUCUGAUAUUCUAAAGGUUGAAUAGGUUCAUAUACUUGAUAGUAGCCUUUGCGUACAGAGUAGAAAUAUUGAAAAUUUUGAAACAGUUAUAUAUGAUAUUACAGUUAUUAAGAAAGUCAUACAAUGCUUUAGUUCAAUAUAUCAUAAUUAAAAAAAUAUUAAAAUAAAGCAAACUUAAAAAAUUUUUUUUUACUAUGUCACAUACACUUGAUGCAUUGUGUCUUUUGAAUUUACAUAUUUCUUGUGUGUGAUUUUCUCCUUAAAAUAGAGAAUUUAGCUUUAAGUACUAUAAAAGUAUUGUUGAAGUAAUAUGAAGUAGGAUUUUGAAAACAUUUCGUUAUUAUAAUAGAAACGCAAAAUAUUUAAUAUUUUAUUCAAUUUAAGAUUAAGUUAAGUUCGAUAUAAUACAUUGUAUAUAAAUAUUUUUAUUAAAUUCCAACGAACAAUUUUAUUUUGUUAAUUAUUGCUAGUCUUAAGAGUUUAUUGUUAUUCGCGCUUUAUUCAAUCAAUUUUUGUUACCUAUAUUAUUUUUAAUGCUAAACCUAAAAUGUAACAAUUAUUAUAUUUUUAAGGCCAAACUUCUAGAUUAUGAGACUCCAUCACAUUCCGCGCCAGAAUUUGACAUUUUUUUUUUCUCUUCGUUGCAAGAAGUCUAUUUGCCAGUGUCAAAUAUAUAAAAUUAUUUUUUUUUAAUUGUUGAUGAGCUCAAAAUCAAAAUAAUUUUUUCUAAUAUGACAUUUUAUUAUUAGUUAAGAUGAUAUUUUUACUCUUAGAGCGUUCUUGCUGUGAUUUAUACUAACAAAAAUGAAAAUAAACGAUUAAAUUAGAAGAAAAGUUUUAAAUUCAUGGACGAUUGAAUGGUAGUGAUAAGCACCUUUUGCGUAGACCGAUGCAAGGGAAGAAAUAAGGAGUUCAACUCUCUCCUCCCAUAAAAGUCGAAAUAUUAAAAUUUUAUAUGUGCUCAUUUACUUAUUUUCAUGCAUUUAUUUUUAUUUAACCUAUACUGCAGUUCCGUUUCUUUCUAAAGGACGCUCACAUUUCCUUGCAGGAGCUUUCUUUCUUUGCUAUAAGAUUUAUUUUGCACACUUUAAGUCAUUUCACUUUUUGAACCCCUUCUCUUUUCCCCAAAAUUAAAGUCUUGCCCGAGCCAUUUUCAAUAUUUUAUUUAUUAUUUCCAGCCUCAACAAUUCAAAAUCUGAUGAAAAUAACCAUAAAUAUGAACUUUAAGUUGUCUUUAAAUAAAAUUCUCUCAUUGCGAGGUAAUAAUAUAGAUUUUUUUUUAUAUUAUUAAUUUAAUCGUUUAUUUUCGAAAACUAACACUAGACAAAUGAUAUUUUUAUGCCCGAUAAAUGCAAAAUACUCGAUUUCGAUGUAUAUAAUGAAAGUUUUCUAUAACAUUCUAGCAAGUCCGUCCAUAGACAAUAAAAUGGGACAGAUUGUAUGUUGACGUGUGUUAUGACGAAUGAUGUCAUCCAAUGAACCUAUGUAGUGGGUUUUUCAAGACUCAUCGUCAUUAUAAUUACCUAACUGAUACAAAUAAUAUUACAAACAUAUUGGUUAUAUUAAUAAUCUGUGGAAAUUGAAAAUGGACGGUUUUUUAAUUCGAAUUCUUAUAGCAUUUAAAAUAGAAGAAUAUUUUAUGCGUUAUUUAAAUUUAACUUUAAAUCUGUAUUUUAGAAUGCGAUGUAAGUAAACCAAAAAUAAAGUAAAAUUUCAUAAACAUCCUACGAUUAGAAUAAGUACACAGUUUGUAAAGCAUAAUAAAUUUUAAUUAGAAAUUA